GAGUUACCAAAGAAGCACAUUAAACCGUGUUCUUACGACUGCUCAUCGUGGUGCAGUCUUCACUUGCUUUAUGUUCGGUGUAGUCCUGACAGGGUACACAGUUAUUUCACUAGCCCAGUAUUAUAUAUUUAAACGACCUAUUAUCAAAAAACAGCAACAAGACUACGCGAAAGCACUUAUUUUUAAAGAGAAGCGGGAAAAAGAGCUUGGUUUGAGAGAUUGACAAUAUUUCACGUGAAGUUUUAUGAAAAGGUUGUCAAACCGUUUCGGUGAUUUCUUUCUUUCUAUGAUGUCCGUCUUGAAGUCUUACGAAAUUGCCAAUUUAAAACAACCAUCUUCAAAACCUAUUGUUGAUGAAUCAGUCUCUGCUUCGUCCAAUCAUUCUACCAGACCUAGACGUAGGAAUAAUGCCAUUUUGUUGAUGUAUUCAGGCUGGGGUUAUUACGGUAUGCAAAGAUGCCCUGUUUUUCCAACUAUUGAAGGAGAAUUGUCUAAAGCUCUCUUUACUUGUGGUCAACUCGAUAAUCUGACAGGUGAAGAACAUAAAAGAGUUCAUUUUCAACGUGCAUCUAAAACUGACAAAUCCGUUUCCGCUCUUGGACAAGUUUGUUCCAUGCAAUUACACGAAGACACAGAUUUAUUAAAUAAAUUAAACAAAGCCCUACCUGAAAAUAUUCGUGUUCUUGAUAUUAUUCGCGUAACUCGUGGGUUUUCUUCAUACGGUUCGUGUACACAUCGAAUUUAUGAUUAUCUAUUACCUACAUUCGCCUUAUCACCUGCUACUUCAUUAUUAAACGAUUCCACUUGUUGGACUUAUCGUUUAACAGUUGAACAAAUUACACAUGUUAAUCGUUUACUUGAAAAGUAUAUGGGUACUCAUAAUUUUUAUAAUUUCACUUCAGGAAGACUUGCAACGGAUAGCAGUUGUAAUCGAUAUAUUAUAUCAGCCAAAUGUAUGCCAACAUUUCUACUCGGUGAGCAUCAAUAUACUAUUAUACGUAUUACUGGUCAGUCGUUUAUGCUGCAUCAAAUACGUAAAAUGAUUGGUUUAGCAUUAGCUGUUCUACGUGGUUAUACAACAGAAGCAGUAUUUGAUAUUGUGUUCAGUAAAGAAAGAGUAGAUAUACCGAAAGCUCCAGGACUAGGUCUUAUGCUUAACCGAGUGGACUUUAGUCAGUAUAAUACAAAAUAUCAAAAUGACGGUAUCCAUCAACCAAUUGAUUGGAGUAAAUAUGAAGAGCAAAGAAACGAAUUCAAGAUGCAAUAUGUAUAUGAACAUAUUGAUCGAAUUGAGUCAGUGGAAAAGUCUAUGUUCCAAUGGCUUUCUACAUUGGAUAAUCAUACGUAUAGCUUGAGAGAUUCUUCAUCUCCUCUGAUUGUUGUUGAUAAUGUUUCGAAAACCGAUAAUACUCAGAUAACCAAUCAAGAUUAUGUUACCACUCGCACACAUUUCAACACUAAAAAUAAUCUAAAUAAGAAUGAUGUUCCAGAGUGUGAUAUACCUGUUAAAAAAGAAAGGUUGGUAUUGUGA